CCGUGUUCCCACUAAAUGGCGUGCUCCGCGUGUAUUCUGCCCUGCGAGCCGGCCAGCCCGACCCUCCGGGCCCUCCACGCACAGCCGGGCCCGAGCCUCCGCCGGGUCCGGGCGCGGGGCGGCGCAGAGCCGCCGGCUGGGUCCGCAGCUGGGCUCGGGGGCCGCCGGGAGCGGCCGGGCGAUAAGAGCGCAGCGGGGCGCGGCGGGCGCAGCCCCAUGGCCUCGGGCGCGCCCCCUGCAGCCGGCUCGGGGCCGCGGGCGCCGGGAGCGGGAGCGGGAGCUGCGCUGCGCCUCGGGGACGCCCCGGACGCGAACCCCCGCUGGCCUCCGCUGCGGCCGCCCGAGCCCAGGCGCACCCCCGGGCCCGGGAGACCCCCGCUGCCCCGACGCCGGGCGAACUCGGAGCCCGCGUCCGCCUGCGCCGCGCCCGCCUCCCCGGCACAGGCUCGGGCCCCGCCGUACCCCCGGGCCCUGCCCUGCGACCCCCGCGGGCCCCUGGACGAGCGCCGGCUGCUCGCGCACCUGCAGGUGGCGCUGGAACGCGAGGCGCGCCUGUGGCGGGGCGGGAGCCUGCAGCGACCCGAGGUCCGCGACGCCUACCGGGGAAUGGCGGUGUGGCUGCUGGGGCUCAGGAGCAGCCUGCAGUUCUCCAGCACCACCUUCACGCUGGCGCUGUCCAUCUUCGGGCGCCUCCUGCUGGCCCGGGAGGACGCGGCGGGACGCGCUGGUCAGGACCGGCCUGGCAGGGCUUCGAGGCCGGACUGUGUCCCCGAGCAGGCCACAGCAUAUGCGCUCCGGUGCGCGGUGAUUGCGUGUUUAAGGCUCGCUGCGAAACUGAAUGAAGAGGAUGAGUCAAUUCCAUGUAUAACGGACUUCGUACAGCUCUGUGGCUCUCCCUAUCCCGCGAGUGAGCUGCGGAGGAUGGAGCUGUCUAUUCUGAAGGACCUGCACUGGGACCUCCACAUCGCGACACCUCUGGACUUCUUGAAUAUAGUAAGCGUGAGGCAGCUGCAGAGUCUUCCUUAGACUCCUGUGUGCCUUUGGGACAACUGUUCACAACACAGGACAGCAAAGCACAGAUGUGCACAGCACAAGUGUGCACGGGUCUUUGCACAUGCACCACGGUGAGGUGACCCACUGGGCUCACUGCUUACAGAAGAGUGAAAAUGCGUCUUCCACCAGCCUCUCAUUUCUAAAAGGUCAUUAAAUUAACUUAACAAAGAUAUUUAGAUGCCACUGCUAUGGUGAGUUUCUUCCUAAAUACACUGCAAAAAUAUUUCACUUUCCAUUCUAUGAAUUUUGUACAUAAAUAUCUGUCUGCUUUUUGGCUACACUUUACACACAUUCACUUAGCUGUCUUGAUUCACCUACACACAAUCCUUAUUGAAGCUUUAGACCAUGUUGAUCUGGCACUUAAAAAAUAUCA